CCGGGCGCCCCAGAAUCCCUUGCGGGGCAAGAUGGCCGCGCUGGGAGCGGAAGCAUUAGUGAGAGAAUGUUAAAUCCCUACACCCCCUUUGGCGUUUCCUCAAAGACCUCGCGGGUCCAGGAAAGGAUAACUUACGCCCCUAUCCAACAAAUGUAUAUUGACUUUCCUCGCUGUGGCCAUGGGGACGUCCCGAUAGAGCCUUUGCCCUGGUGAGCAACCCCAAAAUCUCGCAGCCCUGACUUGGAACCUCCGGGAGAGCUUCAAAGCACCGCCUCUGCGCUCCGACGGAGGCACGAGGCCAGUCAGGCAGGUCCCUCUGUCCCAACUGGUGCGACACUGAGCCCUCCAUGCCUGCGGGAGCAGGGAGGCGUGGCCUCCUCCAGGGCCGCCGCCUCUGCUGGUUGGUAUGCGCUUUCGCCUUAAAGCUCUGCCAAGCAGAGACUCCCGUGCGGGAGGAGAAGCAGUCAGUGAGCACCUCAAACUUACCAUGCUGGAUGGUGGAAGAGUUUGUGGUGGCAGAAGAGUGUGCUCCAUGUUCUAAUUUCCAAAGUAAAACCACUCCUGAGUGUGGUUCCACAGGGUAUGUGGAGAAAAUCACAUGCAGCUCAUCUAAGAGGAAUGAGUUCAAAAGCUGCCGCUCAGCACUGAUGGAACAACACUUAUUCUGGAAAUUCGAAGGGGCUGUCGUGGCUGUGGCCUUGGUCUUUGCUUGCCUUGUCAUCGUUCGUCAGCGACUACUGGACAGAAAGGCUCUGGAAAAGGUCCGGAAACAAAUUGAGUCCAUAUAGCUACAUUCCAUCCGUUUAUCCUGGGUCUUAGAGACCUUAUCUCUGACAGAGAAAGCGGAAUGGACUUAUUUGCACCCCUGGCUCUUUGGCCUUGUGGUGGUACCCUCUCCCCCGCCCUAUCUUCCUCUUCCAAAUCAUUAAUGAGCAGAAUAAAAACAAUGAAUAGUUUUCU